UAAAGUUCGAAAAAGCCGCUUCUGAGAGCGAGGGAGGGAAAGUUGGUGUUUUUUUUUGUACUUUUUCAAUAGGAAGCCUCUGCUUGAAUAUCUCGGUGAAUUAGUUUCUCAUUAAUCUGAAGAUAAUUUUAUUUAUUCUCUGUUGUUAUCUGUUUUUUGGUCCAGAUUUUUGUUUGAUUAACUCUUCUGUCAUGGCGGAUGUAUCUUCCACACCUGAUUCACAGCCUCUCAGCAACGGAGAAGCUUCCUCCUCAACAGCUAGCACCAAAUCAUCUUUGACGCCUUAUGACAGAGCAAGGAUUGAAGAGAAAAGACAAAAAGCUAUACUCCUAAGGAAGUCUCGUGUGGUGUCUCAUCCUUAUCUUAAGCCAUUAGUUGAAAACAUAAAAACCACAAGUGGGAGUACUUUCAAUGAUCAAGGAACUAAAUUUAUAGAUACUGGAGGUGGAUUUUUGAUUGAAGAAGAGGAAUUUUGCUCUGAGUCUUCUGGGAAGGUUAAUCUUGUCAAAGAACCAGCACCAAUUCUUGAAUCGGACAGGCCAUCUUGUCUGGAGUGUGAAAAAGAAUUUGCUGAUUCGUACCUGCUGAAGACUUUUGAUCAUCCUGUUUGUGAUGGCUGCAGGGACCAGGAUGAAAAACAUACACUAAUUACUAAAACAGAUGCCAAAAACGAAUAUUUAUUGAAAGACUGUGAUUUGGAAAAAAGAGAGCCUCCAUUAAAAUUUAUUGUCAGAAAGAACCCUCACAACGUAAGAUGGGGUGAAAUGAAGCUUUAUUUACACCUACAGGUCGAGAAAAGAGCACUAGAAGUUUGGGGAACAGAGGAGAAACUUGCAGAAGAAAAAGAACUGCGAGAAGAGAAGCGUGUUAAAUCAAAAAUAAAGAAAUAUCAAAAUAAUAUGAAAGCUUUGCGAAUGAAUGUAAGAAGUAGUCUAUUCAACAAAACAACUGCAGCAGCUGCUCAUGAGCACACUUUUGGAGCAGAAACAUACAAUGCAGACGAUGAUGAUUACACACGAACGUGCACAUCGUGCGGCUUCUCGGAAACUUUUGAAAAAAUGUGAAUUCGUCCAAAUUUGACUGAAAACUGUCUUGCAGCUGAAAUGCUUUAAAAACUAAAACCGAUGCUAUCAACGAAAAAAAAAGCCUGUUAUCAUUAAUGAAAUCAGAUUUUAAGUAGUGUAGGUUGACUCUAACAUCAAACGUUUUAGAUCUCAUUUUUCCAACGCACAUCAAACUAAUUUCGAUGUAUGACGUUUUUUGCGUUAUUGUUGGAUGGCCUUUGAGGGUUUCUUCAAAAAUUUGAAGGACAAGUAACUGAAACUAAUUGCAAGGAUGGCCUUUGAGGGUUUCUUCAAAAAUUUGAAGGACAAGUAACUGAAACUAAUUGCAAGGGCAAGUUCGCGGCAGAUAACAGCCCCACUUUUUGGGUGAUGGAAUUAAUCAAAUAAAAUCCUUAAGAUGUCAUUUUUACAAUAUUUUUUGUUGUUUUGUGAGAUAAGUAUUUUAAUAUUAAUUGUGGAUCAAUUUUUUAAAAAUCAUCUAAAAUUAACCAAAAGAUAUUAAAAAAUUGGCAUGAUGGAGAGGAGAUAACAUCAAUCUAUUGCAUGGAUUAACAUAAAUGCUAGAUAAAUAUUUUUUUUGUCUCCUGGUAUCUGGCUUAAGGCACUGUUAGAAUGUUAAUAGAUGAGAUGUGUAGGAAAGAUAAUUGAGGGCUGAAAGUUAGGAAAUUUGUUAAUCACAAACGAGGAAUACAUUAAUCUGUCAUCAAGUCAAGUAACUGUGUCAGGUAAUAAAUAUACCCUUUAUUAUGAGUUUACAAGUGAUUGCGUAAUGUAGCUCUAAUAAUUUGUAUUCUGUUUGUAUACUAAAACAAUAUUAAAGCUUUCAGUUAAGUAACUAGUUUAUCUUGUGAAAGUACAAGAUCACAUCAGAAACAAAAAAUGUAUCACUAUAUUAGUUUUUUAUGCCUUUUUUUUAUAUUACUUGUGAAGAGGCUAGACUUGCCUCCAUUUUUAUUGCCCUGAACAAAUUCGAUGCUGAUUGUAUUACUCCUAAUCUAAGAUCACCGUAACUACUUUUUACGCAAUUUUAUUCUUGCAUGUAUAAAAAGUUCAAUAAAAUACAUGGAAAAUCA